AUGACGCACCUGUACUACCGGGACUUGACCAUUGAUGCAGCGGGGGCCGUCAUCGUCUAUGACUGCACAGACGCUCAUUCGCAGAACUCCGUCGAGUACUGGGUGCACGAGCUGCAGAACAAGGGGCCCUCCCAGGUCCGCAUCGCCGUGGCGGCCAACAAGAGCGACGUGGAGACGAAGGCAGUCGACCCCAAGGGUAUGAAGCAGUACUGCGACGAGAACGACCUGCUCUUCAUGGAGACGUCUGCGAAGACCGGUGAGAGCGUCGGGCAGCUGUUCGAGUCCCUGGCGGCGCGGGUGGCCAGCGACCUGGGGCGGUGA